AUGAUCCACGUGAUGGUUCACUUGCCAGAAGAGGCAUUACUUGUUGGUCCUGUCAACUAUCACUGGAUGUAUCCAAUAGAAAGGGGGAAGCCCGAAGGAUCAAUUAUAGAGGCUUGGGUUCAAUAUGAGUCGCUUGCUUUCUGUGGAAUGUAUUUAAAAGAUGUGGAGACGGCUUUCAAUCGUCCUCAACGCAAUAAUGACGGAGGUGUGAGAAAUGAGAAACUUUUUGUUUUUGCCCCAAAGCGCACGACCCUUUGGAAAUCCUGCACGAGGAGAGUCAUACUGAACAAUUGUGUUAAGAUAAUGGCAUACUUAGAUGAGCAUGAAUAUAUGAUGAAGCGAGAACAUCCAUCACAUUUGUAUGCCAAGAAAUACCGUGAAUUGUUUCCACAAUGGUUUUUGGAAUAUGUGAACAAGUUGAAAUCAUCGAAUUCCCCCACUUACAGUCAAGAGUUAUAUAACUUGGCGUUCGGCCCGAUUCGCGCUGAAUUGUUCUCGGGUUGUCAUGUUAAUGGCGUCAAGUUUUUAGGGACUACAUAA